AUGGCUGUGUUUACUCUGUAUUCCAAAAAGAUGUUUACCUGGGUGGUAAAGGUCGUUCCUCAGCCUCCUGAACCAGUCAAACGCCUGGAGACUGCACCGGAGGUCAAGGGUGAUCCUCCACAUACACAGGGACCAUUAGAGCAGAAACCGCUGAACGUUGAAAUCAAAGAACAAUCUUCAGCACCUAAAGAUGAAACGGACACAAAACCAACUGCAGAACAAACACAGCCCACACCAGCUGAGGAACCGGAGCCAAAGAGAGAGACGAGUUCUGGCAGGGGUGUGCUGGGAUGGCUCAAACACAACCUGGGCAAAGUGAUUCCACACCACGUGGGGAGCCCCACGCAAACAAUAGCAGCUGUCAUCACGGAGAAACAGGAUACAGAACAGCCUACGAAAGAAGAGACCAAAGAAGAGAUCAAGGCACCGGAUCCACCUCCAACUCCAACUCUAGCUCCUUCACCACCAGAACCAUUACCACACCCAGCCCCAGCCCCAGAGCCUGCUCAACCCAGUCAGCCGCCAACUGAACCAUCACCUGCUGAAGAAGCCCCUUCACUAGUCGCUGAUAAGGAGAAGCAUGUGUCUGUGCUGCUCUCCUGUGCUGGAGGAAAGAAACGGUUUGAAAAGGGUGCUGUGUUUUGUAGGGGCGGACGUGGAGGUGGAAUAUUCAGCUGGAUUGUGCAGAGUCUGGGUAAGGUGAUCCCACAGCCCGAAGGAACAGUGAAAUCCCCAAAGCCGCUGUUGAGGCAGCUGACGAGCCUCCUGCCCCCCCGGAGACACAGGAGGAACCUGAACCACAGAAAGAAGAGCCUCCAGUUGAAAAGGCGGAGAAUGUGCUUGGCGCCCGCCUCUAUUGCAAUAUGCUGCGGAAAGCUACUGUCACAGCCCGAGCCUGAGCCGGAACCUGUAGCUGAGGAGAAGGUGACUGUAGUGACUGUGGCUGUAGAGGAGGCCACUGAUGACAAAGCAGCUCCUCCCACAGAGACAUUGCCCACAGUCAAGACGAUUGAAGUACCUCGUUCCCCCUCUACUGGGGGCAUCAGCGUGCUUGGUUGGCUCAAACAAGGUCUGGAGAAGGUGGUCCCACAUCCAGUAGAGAUCUCAGUACCAGUAAGUGCCGUUGUGCAAGUGGAAUCAGCUCCCUCAGAACAAAAGGAACCUGAACCACAGGAAGAAGAGCCCCCAACUGAAAAGAAGCCCGAGCCUGAGCCAGAGCCUGUAGCUGAGGUGAAGGUGACUGUAGUGACUGUGGCUGUAGAGGAGGCCACUGACGGCAAAGCAGCUCCUCCCACAGAGACAUCUCCCACAGUCAAGACGAUUGAUGUACCUCGUUCCCCCUCUACUGGGGGCAUCAGCGUGCUCGGUUGGCUCAAACACGGUCUGGAGAAGGUGGUCCCACAGCCAGUGGAGAUCUCAGUACCGGGAAGUGCCAUUGCGCAAGUGGAAUCAGCUCCCUCAGAACAAGAGGUCAAACUGGUGGAGGAGCCAAAGGUAGAAGAGGAGGAGACUGAUGAAGAAGAAACCCAAACUGUCACCGUUAUAGAAGUCACUGUAAUUGCCCCAACCCCAGACCCUAUUGUGAAAGAAGAGAAAGAGCCAGACACUAAAACCAGUGUCUUCAGCUGGUUUGUAGAAGGUCUGGGGAAAGUUGUGCCACAGCCAGUCACCAAAUCUCAACAAACAACACAGGAAAAGCUCCAGGAUGACAGGGAUGUGACAACGAGUCCGGUCGAGGAAAUUCACAUUCUCCCCAGAGAGGAGGAGUUGGUGUUGGAGGACCUGGAAGACGGGCACUCUGACUGGGAUGACAAUGUUCCUCACCAAGAUGCUGCAACACAAACAAGCGAGUGCGAGGUGGUCGACCAGGCCACAUCUCCAGACUUUGGGACUGAGGUGACAAGAGUGGUGCAGAGGGAAGAGAUGGUGGAAGACAAAGCGGAGAAGCAACUCUGGCAUAUUCUGGAGGAUCAGGAGGUGGAUGCAGAAUUGGCAAAGGUCUGUGGAGAAGCUGAGAACAGUGAAGAUUCAGCCUGUGCAGAACUGAAAGUGUGUGAAGAAACAAAGAGCAGCGAGGAUCUACCAUCUGUAGAUGACCUGCCCGUUGUCUGCUCAGAGGAGAGCGCUGUGCAGCGGAGACUGCCCCUGAGAGCUCAGCGCCAGGCAAAGAGAGCAGAGACUCCGGCGAUCCCAGCCUUCAAACACAGGAAGAAGCGAUUGCAGAGACUGAUGUUGACCAAGAAGUGUGCUUUAGAGUUACCCAAUGUCCCCAGCUAUCGCCCUCCCACUGCCCGGCUGCCUCCCAUUAGCCGUAGGAAGCAAAGGUUUGGGGUCACCAACCCCAACUUCUUGGCCGAGGAAUGGUCUCCGUCACAUUGUAUAGAUAAUGAUCCCAGCUUCUCCGGUCUCUCCACGUAA